AGGACCUCACCCUCCACACCUGACACCAUGACCCACUCCUGCUGCUCCCCCUGCUGCCAGCCCUGCACGACCACCUGCUGCAGGACCACCUGCUGGAAACCAGCCUGUGUCACCAGCACCUGCAGCUCCCCCUGCUGCCAGCCCAGCUGCUGUGGCCAAACCAGCUGUGGCUCCAGCUGCUGCCAGCCCUGCUGCCGCCCAACCUGCUGCCAAACCACCUGCUGCAGGACCUGCUUCAAGCCCACCUGUGUGACCAGCUGCUACAGCACCCCUACCUGCCAGCCCAGGUGCUGUGUGUCCAGCUGCUGCCAGCCCUGUUGCCAGCCCAGCUGCUGUGAGUCCAGCUCCUGUGGCCAAACUAGCUGCUGCCAGCCCAGCUGCCAGCCCAGCUGCUGCCAGCCCAGCUGUUGCCAACCCAGCUGCUGCCAGCCCAGCAUCUGUGUCCAGCCAGCCUGCUCUGGACCCGUGAUCUGCACCAGAACCUGCUACCUCCCCACGUGCGUCUGCCUGACUGGGAGCCUCCCCGAGAGCUUCGGAUCCAGCUGCUGCCAGCCCUGCAGCUGCUGACCAAGUCCUCGAAGGACUACCAUCUACACACAAAAAGCGCUGCCCAAUGACUGACCUCCUUAGGGACAAAUUCACUUCCAAAGCCACCGUGCACUCACC